AUGGCGGCAGACUCGAUCCCGCCCCCUCUCAGCCAGGGCGUCGGCUACGGAGUCGUGCUCGGCUUCGGCUUCGCCUUUGCUGCCGUUAUGGCCUACAUCACCCGUCUGCUCUGGCGCUUCAAUGGCGAGGACAACUCGCACUUCGAAACAUACGCCACUGCGGGUCGAAAGGUCGGAACGGGACUGACCGCCACAGCUGUCUUCUCGUCAUGGGCGUGGUCGACUGCACUUCUGUCCUCGAGUCUCGUCACGUUCAGCUACGGCGUCGGAGGAGCGUACUGGUUCGCGGCUGGCUGCUUGGUGCAGAUCUCGGCGUUUGCGUUGUUGGCGAUUCAGAGCAAGCUCAAAACGCCGCACGCACACACGGUGCUCGAGGUGGUCAAGGUGAGGUACGGCACCGCGGCGCACUGGCUGUACAUGUUUUUCUGCCUGGCGAACAACCUGAUUGCGAUUGCGAACAUGCUGCUCGGUGCUUCGGCGACCGUGUCGGCGCUGACGGGGAUGCACAUUAUUGCAUCGACGUUCUUGCUCCCCGUGGGCGUGUGUCUGUACACCAUUUCCGGCGGGCUGAAGGCGACGUUCCUGACCGACUGGAUGCACAGCGUCGCCCUGCUCAUCAUUGUGCUGUUCCUCACGCUCAAGACCAUCACCAACGAUGCCGUACAGAGCCCCGGCCAUCUGUGGGAGCUUGUGAAGCAGGCCAAUGUCAACAACCCUACUGCAGGCAACUACCAUGGAUCCGUGUUGACCAUGACGUCCAAAGGUGCGGUCGAGUUUGGCAUCUUGCACACACUGGGAAAUUUCGGCCUUGUCGUCAUGGACUCGUCGUACUGGCAGAAAGCCUACUCUGCGGACAUUGCCGCCGCGGUGCCCGGAUACAUUCUCGGCGGCGUGCUCUACUUCGGCCUGCCCUGGUGUCUCGGCACGGUGAUGGGUCUGGCCGGGUGGUCGCUACAGACAAACCCGAUCUGGCCUGCGUAUGGGCGUCAACUUUCGUCGACCGAGCUCUCGGCCGGUCUACCGCUCGCCUACGCAGCGCUUGCAGUCGCCGGCAAAGGCGGCGCCGUCGCGGUCGUCAUCCUCAUCUUUAUGGCUGUUACUUCGACCACCUCGGCCCAACUCAUCGCGGUCUCGUCGAUCGUCUCGUCUGACGUGUACCACACGUACGUGCGGCCCAAGGCGACGGAUGCGCAAGUGAUCCGCGUGAGCCGCGCGGCGUGCAUUGGAUUUGCCAUCUUUGCCUCGGCUUUCUCCACCAUGCUGUACUAUGUCGGGAUUAGCUUGACGUGGACGCUGUACUUUUUGGGCCUGAUCACGUGUCCCGCCAUGGUGACGCUGCCGCUGACCGUGUUGUGGAAGAAACAGACGUGGUGGGCGGCGGUGGUUUCACCGGUGGUGGGGAUGGCAGCGGGCAUUGCGACCUGGUUGGCGACCGCGAGCAAGUACGGUAAUGGCGUGUUGAACGUGACGACGACGGGCGAGCUGUUGCCGUGCAUGUGGGGCACCAUCGUUGCCGCCUUUGUCCCUGCCAUCCUGUCGCCGCUCAUCACACUUGCCUUCCCACAACCCGUCGACUUUGCCUGGGAGCGCUUUAACGACAUCAAGCUCAUCCAGGACGACUCGUCGAGCAAGACCUCAUCCUCCGACGACCUCGCUUCCCACCCGCGCGACGAUCCUGAGAAACGCCUGACGACCAUCAACGGCAGCCCGGCGGGCGACAGCGAUGCGCGCGCCAACCCCUACUCCGACGCCGAACUGCGCUACAUGAAAAGACAGUCGCACGUCGCCGGCUGGACGGGCUUGGCGCUCUUCAUCGCCGUCUGGAUCCUCUGGCCCUUCAUCAUGUACGCCGCACACUACGAAUUCUCCCGCCCCUUCUUCAUCGGCUGGGUCGUCGUCGCCAUCAUCUGGGCCUUUGCCGCCCUGCUCAUCUUCACGUUCCUGCCCCUUUUCGAAGGCAGGAAGCUGAUUGCCACCAUCGCCCGCGGUGUCUUCACCAGCGCCCGCGCCGGCAACCAGGGCCGCGAGGAAAAGUUGGACGACAGGAGAGGAUCCGAGGCCACCACGGUUACGACCGGUACAACGGGUAGUGCUGCCCAGGGCCGAAAGGGAGCGUUGGAGACACCCGGAGCUUCAGUCAACUCGGACGACAUCUCGCCUUGA